UAGUUUUUUGCACGUAUUCGAAUAUCUACCCAUUUACCUAAUAAUGAUUAAACUGAUAAAUGUUUUUCCCCAGUAGAUACUAAUAUUGGUAUGUAUCCCUUUUGAGUUUUGGUUGCAAUAUUGUGACCGUUGACAGUGGCCUAGCCGGGUUGAACUUUUUAGAUUAUUACCUACCGGCGGUGGAGGGGAGUCAGAAUAACUAAGUGCUAAGCAUAUGAACAAACAGCACACAACAUUGCCAUUUUCCAUUGCCGAGGUCCGGUAAUGACAGUGUUCAUAUGUUUGUUUGCACUGAAAAUUGUGCCGUGCGGUUUUUUGUGUUUGCGAAACGUUUUUUCAACUUAAAGUGAGUAAGAUGCAUAUAAAUAGUAGAACGUUGUAACUGAAUUAAUUCUGGAUCGAGCAAUGUAAAAUCGUGAACGCAUUGCCACAAUGCCUACUACAAAACAAACGUCGGUAGACAGCUACGACACCGUGGGCCAAUGCACGGUGGGCAGCGAUGACUUCAUAUUGGUGGACGAGAUCGACGGCGACCGUAAGAUGAGCACCAUUGAGACGAUACAGGAGAUCCGGCCGUGGCUGAAGCACAAAAUGCGUAGCACUGUGGCGCUGAAGAACAUUCGACGGCGACUGCCCAUCCUGGAAUGGCUGCCGCGGUACACGGCGGAAGACGCUCUGGGCGACAUGGUGUCCGGCGUGACGGUCGGAUUGACCGUCAUACCGCAGUCGAUGGCGUACGCCGGGUUGGCCGGUUUACCGCCGCAGUUCGGUCUUUACGGGUCGUUCUUGGGCGCGCUCGUCUACACCUUCUUUGGAAGCUGCAAAGACGUCCCAAUGGGCCCCACGGCCAUUGUGGCCUUGAUGACUUACAACACGCUGCACGGACACGGCCCAGUGUAUGCCACACUGUUGUGUUUCCUGACCGGUGUCAUACAGCUGUCCAUGGCCGCUUGCGGCCUGGGCAUACUCAUCGACUUCGUGUCGGGCCCCGUGUCGUCGGGGUUCACGUCCGCCGUAGCGCUGUUGAUCAUCACGUCUCAGAUCAAAGAUCUGGUCGGCAUCAAGGCCACUGGUACUACGUUGUUCGAAAUGGUCGUGUCGCUCUACAAGGACAUACACAACGCGAGCACCGCUGACGCGGCCAUCGGGUUCGGUUGUAUCGCUCUGUUGCUGGCGUUGAGGAUCGUAGCGGAAACGCGCAUCGGACCCGCCGAACCGGAACGGCAAACUUGUAAACACAAAUUCGUCAACAGGAUUUUGUGGCUAGUGGGAUCGUUCAGAAAUUCGAUUAUUGUGGUCGGCUGCACCGCACUGAGUUACGUGCACAUCAUUUCGCUGGACGAGUCGACUGUUCCGUCGUACAAGAUCAUUGGCGACAUACCCGCGGGCCUGCCCGACUUCGACGUGCCCAAGUUUUCCGUGCAGAACGGCAAUGGGACGGUAGGUUUCGUGGAAAUGGUGUCGACAAUGGGCUCGGGAAUCGUCGUGCUGCCGCUGAUCGGUCUGCUCGAGAGCAUAUCGAUUUGCAAGGCGUUCGCCAACGGCAAGACGGUUGACGCCACGCAAGAGCUGUUGGCCAUCGGCUUGUGCAACAUCGGCAACGCGUUCGUGCACAGUUUCCCCGGCGGCGGCUCGUUCAGCAGGAGCGCCGUAAACAACGCCAGCGGCGUGCGCACCCCCUUAGGCGGCCUUUAUACCGCCCUACUGGUGGCAGUGGCCCUACAGUUCCUAACGCCAAACUUUUAUUACAUACCGAAGAGUUCAAUGGCCGCGGUCAUCAUAGCCGCCGUGGUGUUCAUGGUCGAGGUGCGUGUGGUCAAGCCAAUCUAUCGGUCGAAGAAAAGCGACCUCAUACCCGGCUUGUCCACUUUCGUCGCCUGCCUGCUCCUACCGUUGGAAAUCGGUGUACUAGUCGGUAUUGGACUCAACCUGAUGUCCAUACUUUACCACGCAGCCAGACCGAAAAUAUCCAUACAGAUACACAACAGCCGCGCGGGUGUCAAGUAUCUCAUGUUGACACCCGAUCGGUGUCUGGUGUUUCCGUCCGCCGACUACGUGCGCAACCUGGUCACCAAACACAGCCUAAAACGGGACAUGCCCGUGGUCAUAGAUUGUUCUCACGUGUACGGCGCCGACUUCACAGCGGCCAAGGUGAUCGAAAUGCUGUCGCAAGACUUUUCCAACCGGGGACAGGCUUUGUUUUUCUACAAUCUCAAGCCCAGCGUGGUGGAAGUGUUCAAAGGCGUGCAGCCCAAAGAUUUCGUGUUGUACUAUCACAAAAAAGAACUGGACAGGCUGUUGGCCAAGAGGGCCGCACGGGACGUCACCGCUUUGCAGCCCUUAUUGGAAAUGCUAUAACAAACACGGCUCGUACACUAAACGCGGGGCACUGUAAAUGAAAUAACGCAUAAUAUGCAUCCGUCAACCGUUUAUGGCUCGUGCACGAUCAAAUGUUUACAUUGUUAAUUAUUAGAAUUUUAAAUUGUAUACUAUUUCAUCCUUUAUUUUUAUUUUAUUUUUACCAACCCCCAACAUUUUGUCAGUUUAUAAAAAGAAAAAUUGUUUUUUUUUUUAACCAAUAUAAUAUAAUACACUUUAUUGUCCAAGAAACACUGAGCAGAGUUGGACAUUAAUAGAUCAAUAAUUCUGUAGUGUUUGGGCAAAAUUAUGUUUAUUCAGUUAAGUUUGUGAUAUGAGAAGUCGACUAUGUUCCUAACUCGAAUGUGGAUUCAAUGAUUUGAUGUUUGAUAACAUUGUGCUAUUGAUCACAAAACGUAUAGAUAUUUUCGAGUUCUAUUUGGUUUUCCAUUAAAAUCUACAUUCAUAGGCUUUGAUGAAAGA